AUGUCCCUGUUCCAGGUGCGCGAAUGGUGGACUGCUAAGGGCGAGCAUGAUGAGGAGUAUACGCCUGGGACGCUGGUGGUGGGCAACGUGGAUAAUGAUUCCUCUGGACACGUUAAAAUCGUAACGGGCAGCUUGAACGGGGUGCUGCGCAUGUAUUGCCCUACGCAGAGCGAAUUCCGGAUCGAGCAUCUACUGCUAGAGGAGAAUAUUCGACGUCCCAUUUUGCAGUUGGCUCUUGGCUACUUUAUUCCUAACCAGCGCAUUUUAGCACUCGCCAUCCUUCAGCCGAGGCGAAUCGGAGUUUAUGUGGUGGAGGGCGUGGGCGGAACGGGCAUGGCGGCCAAUUACUUUAAGAUCACGCUGCGAUACGAACACCUACUUGGCAUCGACGGUGAACACUUUACAGCAUACAACUUUAUCUACGGGCCUUUCGGGUCACCUAGCUUACAUUCGGGAACAGGAGCUCCUCAACGAUCAGAGCGUGAUCAUCUGUGCGUACAGUCGUUGGAUGGCCGGCUGCAGUUCUUCGAGCAGGACAGGUUUGCCUUUUUACAGCCGCUCAACAACAACUUUCUCCCGGGAGCGAUAUGUUAUGCGGCCAAUAUGGACGCUGUGGUAGCUGCCACGUCCGAUUUACAGCUCGAAUGCUACCGCUAUCAAGUUCUGGCAUCGGCGUCGCUUAAGAAGAAAAGAAAUGCUUUAGACGAAGACGGCAAGGAAGAUCGACAAAAAGAAGCCGCGUUGGCGUCAGUGCAUUGCGACUGGAAGAUAAAUAUUGGCGAAGUCAUCGUGGAUAUCCGCGUCGCACGGGUGUCAUACCAGGAAUCAGCUUCAAGUUUUGACAUCCUCGUACUGGGUGAGUUCACGUUGUUCGGUAUCAAACCGCAAGGAGAGGUUUUCCUGCAGAAGCGACUAGGUUUCCAUCCGUCGGCGUUUAUUCCUUUUCGACGCUACGCUUCACCGACCGAGAGGGUAUCACAGAGUACAACAGGGAUGGAGAACCUUCUCAUUGCCAGCCACACGAAACUCUGGAGUGUCUUCAAGGAAAAGACGCUCGUUUGGUCUGCAUGUGCGUCAACAGUCCCGGUGGCACUGCAGAUCACCGAACUGGGAGGCAUCGACGGGAUGAUCGUGAGUUUGGACUCGGACGGAGCGCUGAGUGUCAACUACAUGGGCACAGACCCGCCGUCUUCUGCUGUUGUCGCGCCAGACACAAAGGAAAUCAACUACGAGGAAAUGGAUGAGGAGCAUCGGCAAUUAUUGAAUGUCAUACGUCGCGCACAGGGCGAACGAAGGACAGAGCCCAAGGAUCGAGUCUUGAUUCGAGCGCAGGUGCCAGCGAUCCUGGAUGCGCUACCAGAUCGUAGCGAUGAAUUCAAUCGCGGUGGAGCAGGCUCCGCACAAGAAACGAACAGUAAGAAUACGCAGCUGACAAUGCGCGUGUACGUCACGUACACUGGAGCAACGCGUGUCUCCAAUGUGACGCUGUCGGUGUCGACACCCGAGAAUGUCGUGGCUAGUGACUCCUCGUUCGUGAUCGGGAGUAUCGACGGCAAGGCAUCGACGCCGCUUAUUAUCCCAGUCGUCUUACGUCCAAGUUCCGACGCCAUGCCUACGUCGCUCUCCGUUACAAUCUCAGCGUCUUACACACUCGAGACAGGCCAGCCGAGGGUCUCGCAGUGCGUUGUGAAGCUCCCCAUGUGCAUGGCAUGUCGCCUCGUCCCUCCCGUCAAGUCCAGUACCUUUAAGUUUACUCUCGAGACAAACCAGGAGCCUCUUGAACUUGCUAGUUUGUUUGAAGACAUGCUCCAUCAGCCAAGUUGCACGCCCGAGUGGGCGAAGCAGGUAGUGACAGGAGGCUCCGGCACAAAUGUACUGAGUUUUCAGUACUAUAACGGCGUCGAGGCGACAAUCCUCGUAUCGAAGAAUGCCGGACGCUAUCGUAUCCAGUCUAACGAGCUCGAGGCGCUCUGGAUGGUGUCGCAGGAACUAGUGGCACGACUUCGUGCAUUCUUCGACGGACAAGAACUGCACACAGAGGCCAAAGGAAGCGACGCUGGAACUGCCACGGCUCUCGAGGUGUUCUACCAGGAGCCACUGCCGCUAGCUGAUUACUUCGGCGCUAUUGACGCGCACUUCGUGCUUCGGAAGGAAAAACUCGAGCUCGCAGCGCAGCUGAACGACCGAGCGCACCAGUUCCGUGUGAUCCAGAAGCGGCUAUUGGUGCGCUACAAGGAUCGCAGCCCCGCCGCUGUCAACUUCCUGGACGUGCUGCUACACGGCACGUACGACCAACUCAUUUCGCUGUCGCACGCCAUGGAGGCGGUGGAAGCCAAGCUGAACCGUGCAGCCAACCGCUUGGCGUGCUGCGUGUCGCUCAUCCUGAUGCUCAUUAAGUUCCGGUUCCAUCUCAGUGAUGAAGACGCACGGCUGCUAGAAGCCUAUCUUUCUCCUGUCGUGAACGAGACGGCUGACAGCGGCGCCGUGGAGCAAGGCUGGGAGGAGCGGACAGACUGCGCUAUGACGGAGUUGCUGCGUACGGUGCUGGCCAAGCAGCCUCAACACAAGGACGGCGCAUCUGCGGCAUCCGCUGUCGCGACGAGUGAGCUACAGAUGCAGGAGGACACCAAGCGACUCAAGAAACACAUCACGAUCGUGUGUGAUCGCCUCGGCAAGGGGGCGUCUCUCGUCCCAGGCAACAGCACCAACACAGUAGCCAGCAGUGCAGCUCCAAGCGAGUCCAAAGGAGACUAA